UUCCAUUUCACUACCCGGCCAGCAGGUCCAGGCUGUGUACCCUGAGAACUUUUCAGACCAUCUCAGUUCAGUUCCGCACAAUUCUCUCUUAUACGUGGUUAUCCCCCUAAACUAGGACCAUACAUUUGGGAGCUCUUGGCAAGCUCGCAGGGAGCUCUGAGGGGAACUGAGAAGAGGAAGACCUGCCCAGGUGAACCAGGGCUGGAAGGAAGUAAUGGAAUCCAGGGAGCACCUGCUUACUUCCUCCCACAAUGGAAUCACUACAGAGAGUCUUAGAGGGGGAGACUCUAGAGAGUUCUUUCUCUCCCUCCUUCCCUCACUUAGUCCCACCCGCUUCACUUGGUCUAGCCUCUCGUUUCCAUGACAACUCCAAGGGAGCCUAAACUGGGGGCUUGAAUACCAGGGUGAGAGGAGGAGAGAGGUGGUCCAAGAGCAGGAAGAGAGACCGAGACAGAGUGGGGGAAGUCUGAAGCUCUCCCCCCUCCCUAGUGGACUCGGUCCCUUUAAGCUCCCUCCCUCCCCAGCUCUCCCUCCACCCCCCGCCACUGUCUUCAUCUCUCCAUCUCUGCUCUGCUGCCGGCUGCGCCAUCCCGGACUCAGACUCCUGCACUAGCCAGGGGCCCCUGACUCCGGCUGCAGGACCCCCGUCCCAACAAGACGGAAAGCAUGUCAUCGGAAAAGUCAGGCCUCGCGGACUCAGUUCCUCACACUUCUCCACCGCCGUAUAAUGCCCCCCAGCCCCCUGCUGAGCCCCCGGUCCCUCCCCCACAGGCGGCCCCCUCCUCUCACCAUCACCAUCACCACCACUACCACCAGUCUGGCACCGCCACUCUCCCACGCUUAGGGGCAGGCGGCCUGGCCUCUUCCUCAGCCGCGGCUCAGCGCGGUCCCUCGUCCUCCGCCACAUUACCCAGGCCCCCCCACCAUGCCCCGCCGGGCCAGGCCUCUGGGGGGCCUCCACCUGGCUGUGCUACCUUGCCCCGCAUGCCACCCGACCCUUAUCUACAGGAGACCCGCUUCGAGGGCCCACUUCCCCCGCCGCCGCCCGCCGCCGCCGCUCCACCCCCGCCGGCGCCAGCCCCGACGGCCCAGGCCCCGGGCUUCGUGGUGCCCACGCACGCGGGGGCGGUAGGCACACUGCCUCUGGGGGGCUACGUAGCGCCCGGGUACCCCCUGCAGCUGCAGCCCUGCACUGCUUAUGUGCCGGUGUACCCGGUGGGCACGCCCUACGCAGGUGGGACUCCCGGGGGGACGGGGGUGACCUCCCCUCUCCCCCCACCGCCCCAGGCCCCAGGGCUGGCCCUGCUGGAACCGAGGCGCCCUCCGCACGACUACAUGCCCAUCGCAGUGCUGACCACCAUCUGCUGCUUCUGGCCUACAGGCAUCAUCGCCAUCUUCAAGGCCGUGCAGGUGCGCACGGCCUUGGCGCGCGGAGACAUGGUGUCCGCCGAGAUCGCUUCUCGCGAGGCUCGGAAUUUCUCCUUCAUCUCCCUGGCGGUGGGCAUCGCAGCCAUGGUACUCUGCACCAUCCUCACCGUGGUCAUCAUUAUCGCCGCGCAGCACCACGAGAACUACUGGGAUCCCUAAAAAACACAGCUCCGGCCUAGCCCCACUCGGUGCCCCUCGCCCUCCCAGGCGCGACCUGCGGUCCGGCAGCCGACCCGACGGGGUGGGAGGGGGGGCGGCAUGCAUACCCGCCUCCCGGGCCCGCGCGGUUCUUCCACACAUCCUAAGCUCCGCCUCCACGGAAUCCGGUUCCGCAGGAACGUCUCCAAAACUCACACCCCUCGCCCCCCGGGGAUGCG